AUGGUGGUUUCCAGAUGUCCCCGGGCCCUGGUUGGGGGCAGCCUCCGGAUCUUAGCCACUCUGCUGCUUCUGGCCUGGGCAGCCACCUUGGAUGCUGCCAAGAUGCCUGCACCCCCAGCCUGUGGGAAGCCACAGCAGCUGAAUCGCAUUGUGGGGGGCGAGGACAGUGCCGAUGCCGAGUGGCCUUGGGUCGUGAGCAUCCAGAAGAACAGGACUCACCACUGUGCGGGCUCCCUGCUCACCAACCGCUGGGUGGUCACUGCUGCCCACUGCUUCAAGGGAUAUGUAAGCCACCAUCUGAACAAACUAUCCCAGUUCUCCGUGCUGCUGGGGAUCUGGCAGCUGGGCAACCCUGGCCUUCGGUCCCAGAAGGUGGGGAUUGCCCGGGUGCAGCCCCACCCUGUGUACUCCUGGAAGGAGGGUGCCCGUGCCGACAUCGCCCUGGUGCUCCUUGAACACCCCAUCCAGUUCUCUGAGCGAAUCCUGCCCAUCUGUCUCCCUGAUUCCUCCGUCCAUUUCCCUCCCAACAGUGACUGCUGGAUUGCAGGCUGGGGGAGUAUCUACGAUGGAGUGCCCCUGCCCCACCCUCAGGCCCUGCAGAAGCUGAAGGUUCCCAUCAUCAGCUCGGAAGUCUGCAGCCACCUAUACUGGCAGGGAGCUGGGCAGGGAGCCAUUACUGAGGACAUGCUGUGUGCUGGGUACCUGGAAGGGGAGCGAGAUGCCUGCCUGGGUGACUCCGGAGGCCCCCUGAUGUGCCAAGUGGACGGGACCUGGCUGCUGGCUGGCAUCAUAAGCUGGGGCGAGGGCUGUGCAGAGCGCAACCGCCCGGGCGUCUACAUCAGCCUCACCGCCCACCGCUCCUGGAUCCAGAGGAUUGUUCAAGGGGUGCAGCUCCGCGGCCACUCGCAGGAGAGUGGGGCCCGGAGAGCGCUGCGGAGGGUCUUCUAG